ACUGGCUGCGUGAUACCCAUCCAUCUCAGUCCGAAUCCUGGCACACCCCCAUCCCCUAACCAGGAGCCCUCCUCUCUCCUGUCGAUUCGACACCCUCCAAUUCCUCCAACCGGAAUAUCAUGUCCCAACCAGUCGAGUCAGAAUGGUCCCCCGCGCUGGUCUCUGCCCCCCCGCGUAAUGCCAUGUUGCUCCCCUGCAAGUCCGAGUGUCUCGCCGGGGACCCCGCCGUCGCUCCCUCGUUUGGUCAAGACGAUCCGCACACCGUUCCCGCCGCCCACCACCAUUAUCGCGGCGUCGCCGAGAACAUGGCCAUCGAGCGCCUUGUCACCCUCAAGCGGGACAUCCAGGCCGUCGACCCGGGCCUCUUUUGGAUCCGCCUGAUGGAACAGGUCACCUCCAUCUGCGGCGCCCAGUAUGCCUUUGUCGCCCGCCGCGUGCGUCCCGACGAGCCCGUCGUCGACCUCGCCGGGCGGAAGCCCUCUAUCUUCGGCACGGCCUUCUACUACAACGAUGGCCAGCAGACCGUGGGCUUGCACCGCCACCGCUAUUUCGCCGGAGGCAACCCACUGUCCCACAUGGACCGCGAGAAGCCCUGCCUCAUCCCGGACAAUUUGGGCGCAUUCACCUCGUUCGGCGCCGACCAGCUCCCCUUCGCCGCUGAGGGCUACUUGUCCGUCCCCGUGUUCGCCGGCACCGAGUGUGUGGCCCACUUCGGCCUGAUGUGGUCCGCCGCCGGUUUGAAACAUCGCAGUCUGCCCUGGUCCUUCGUGGAGAUGGUGCUCUAUUCCCUGGAAGAUCUGGUCGUCGCACGGAUCCAGAAGGACGGCCACCCCGUCGAACCGGUCCCCGACCCCCGCCGACCUUCUGUCGGCGAAAUGACCGUCGACGAAACUCUCGCUAGCCUCGCCCACGCGCCGGCCGAGUUUGCCUCACAGCACUUGAAGCCCUACGCCCGGAGCCUGUCCCACGAGCUGCGGACUCCGAUGCAGGGAAUCGUGGGCAUGCUGGACGUCAUGCACGCCACGGUGCGCGAGGCCCUGCAGGAUCAACCGCCCGCCGAGGCCGGCGGCGUCUUCCAGUCCCUCAAAGAAGGCAUCGAGAUGGUCCAGGACAGCGCCCGACGCGCCGUCGAGGCCGCCGACAACGUCGUACACGCCUACGACCUGAACAUGCAGGUGCCCAAGACGCCCCAGCUGGAGCGCGACGGCGAGAUCCUCGGCGGUCCUGCCGCCCCGUCGCCCGUCGCCCCCACCCCCGCCCGCGAGGGGCGCCCCAACCUGUUCAUCGAAGGCAGCGACAUCCCCGCCAACCCUUACAAGCGCCGGCGCAGCAACCCGGCGGACGCUCCGCCCCCGCCGUCAGGCGAGGAGGUCAAGAUCGCCGUCCACGAGAGCGAUCGCAUCGUCCAGGCGGACCCGGACCACCCGAUCGAAGCCGUCAUGGCGGACGUGGGCGGCCACCCGCGGCCCUCCCUGGCCGUCCGCCGCUCGGCCCCGCACCUCAUGCUGGAGGGCAUCCACGUCCACCGCCAGGGCUCCCUGCGCCUCAUCAAGCUGCGGGACCUGCUGCGCCUGGUCAUCAAUGAGUCCCUCCACGUCGGCGGCCGCCCGGACUUCGCCGUCAGCAGCGCCACGGACCGCGGUGAGACGAUCGAGGUCCGGUCGCGGGUGUCCAACGGCGAGGUCGUCGCCAAGACGAUCAACUGGUCCGUCGAUCCCGCCCUGCCUGAGACCCUCUUCGUCGACGACCGCGACCUCGCCAAGCUCAUCUCCUGCGUCUUCCUCAACGCCGUCAAGUUCACCAACGCGGGCACGAUUAACGUCUGCGCCUCGCGCGGGGGCAGCAAGGGCCACGACAUCCUCAUCCGCGUCCAGGACACGGGGCCCGGCAUCCCGACCGCCUUCCUGCCCAAGCUGUUCACACCGUUUGCCCGGGAGGACAUGUCCACCACCCGCAGCAAGGACGGCCUGGGGCUGGGACUGCUGGUGGCCAAGGGGCUGGCCCGGAAGAUGGGCGGCGACCUCCUCUGCGUGCGGUCCGCGACGUCGGGGCCCGAUCACGGGUCUGAGUUCGCCAUCCGCAUCCCCGUCAACCCGUCGAAUCCGCCGGGGGGCUCAGCCUCGCCGACGGCACGACUGCUCACGCCGCCCCAGCUCGGCGAUCCUGCGAGAUCAUUAUCGUCAACGUCCUCCUCCUCCUCCUCCUCCUGCUCAUCGUCCGGCGGGCGCAGCACGACGACGCCAGAGCCGGAAUUGGAACCGUCUCAGCCGCCCCCCCUACAGCAGCCAUCGCCGGGCCUGUCGGAAGAUCCGCCCUCCCAAACCUCCACCCCGCCGCGCUCCGUCCCCAGCGUGCAACUGUCUCGACGCUCGUUCAGCCAGAAUACCUACGACAGCCAGCUCGGCGUCAAACACCCGCUGACCUUCCUGGUCGCCGAAGACAACCAGAUCAACCGCCGGGUGCUAGUGAACAUGCUGAAACGGCUGGGGUAUCACGACGUCUACGAGGCGUGCAACGGCAAGGAGGCCGUCCGGACCAUGCAGGGCGUGCUGGACGCGCCUCGCCCGGGCGCCGUCGCCGGGGCCGGGGCUGGAGUCGGAGCCGCGGGGCUCCCUACCCCCGGAUCGCCCCACGACCGCCCCGUGGACGUGAUCCUGAUGGACCUAUGGAUGCCCGAGAUGGACGGAUACGAGGCGACAUCGCACAUCCUGCAGCUCCCGGGCCCCAGCCCAACAGUCCUCGCUGUCAGCGCCGACGUCACAGACGAGGCAUUGAACCGGGCGUCUAAGGUGGGCAUGAAGGGGUACAUGACGAAGCCGUACAAACUGACGGAUCUCGAACGGUUGAUCGUGGGCUUUUGCAGCGACGCGGCUGGACCGGUUGCCUCUCAUCCGAUGGAUAUAUGA